AAGAGGCGCGCGCGCGGACCGGGAGCCCGUUCAGCUGGUGUGAAAGAUGGAGCUCAGUACUGAUCGCAGAUUCCAUAACCUCACCCAAGAGCAGGUCCAGACUUUAGACCGUGUCCUCACUGAAGCAAUCCCCAUCCAUGGAAGAGGCAAUUUCCCUACGUUGGAGGUGAGGCCAAGGGAUAUCAUUCAUGUGGUGAGAAACAGGCUGGUAGAAAAGGAGAUCCAGGUGAGGGAUGUCCGUCUAAAUGGCUCCACUGCUAGCCAUGUGCUUGUCAGGGAAAAUGGUUCCAACUACAAGGACCUGGACAUCAUAUUUGGGGUGGAGCUAGCCAAGCAAGAGGACUUCCAGAUCAUCAAGGAUGUGGUGUUGGGCUGCCUUGUGGACUUCCUCCCUCAGGGUGUCAAUAAGGACAAGAUUACAGUUCUGACUAUGAAGGAGGCUUAUGUCCAGAAGAUGGUGAAGGUCUUCAAUGAACAUGAUCGAUGGAGUCUUAUCUCACUGUCUAACAACCGUGGAAAGAACGUGGAGCUCAAAUUUGUUAACUCCUUGCGAAGGCAGUUUGAGUUCAGUGUGGACUCCUUCCAGAUCAUCUUGGACCGCAUGCUUGAGUUCUACCUGGAAGAAGACAGAAGCCAAGCAGCUGAAUUUCUUCCUCAUAUCACCGUGGUGGCUGAGAGCAUGUAUGGUGACUUUGAGCAGGCUAUGGACCAUCUACGAUACCGGCUGAUUGCCACACGUAACCCAGAAGAGAUCAGGGGUGGAGGGCUUCUCAAAUACAGCAACCUGCUGGUGCGCGACUAUAAGCCUGCCAGUGAGACCGAAAUAAAGACUCUGGAGCGCUACAUGUGCUCUCGCUUCUUCAUUGACUUCCCCGAUGUCAGCGAGCAGCAGCGCAAGAUUGAGUCUUACCUGCGCAACCAUUUCAUUGGAGAGGAGUCCAGCAAGUACGAUUACCUUAUGACUCUGCGACGGGUGGUGAACGAGAGUACAGUGUGCCUGAUGGGCCAUGAGCGGCGACAGACCCUCAACAUGAUCACUGUCUUGGCCCUCAAGGUGCUGGGUGAACAGAAUGUCAUCCCUAACACUUCUAACGUUACCUGUUUCUACCAGCCAGCGCCCUAUGUGUCCGACAACAACUUCAGCAACUACUACAUUCCGCAAGGUCAACCACCGCUGAUUUACCACCCAUACCCCCUCCAUAUUCACAUGCUUACUGGAUUAGUCUAGCACGUGCAGAUAGAGAAGAGCUCAAUAUUUAUCUUUCAGCAACAGAGAGCCAUGGCAAAAUAAUAACAAUGUACAAGCAAGAAGGACAUUUGUCCAGAUCCUUAAAGUUUUGCCCACAGAAG